CUCCUCCGUGCUGCAUGCGUCUCUGCGUACUCUUGUGCGUAAGAGCGCGCGAUAGAUGCGUAAAGUGCAGCACGCUUGCAAAAACAACAACAACCCAAAACACCCAAACCACCUAAGAGAAAGCAUACAGAGCAGCUAGUGCUUUAGAUGAUGUUAGUAAAGAUGUUCAUCAGCUCUGAUGAAGGCGCGUUGCUGUUUGGGUGCAUGUUUCUGGACUUUCCAGCAUGGCAUGACCGCCGCUCCUCUCCGAGCGUUUUUGCGUGAAGUUCAACGGAGGAGGAAGCACAAUGAGGGGGACAUCCUUUCUCCUCGGCUUCCUGCUGCUCAAAGUUACCGCUCUGCUGUGCACGGCUGACGGGGAGCCGGGCUUGCUCGGGGGCUUCGUGAUGAUCGCCACCUCCAACGGCUCCAGAGAGGAGGAGAGCGUGUCUGAGGAGACCCCGCACAUCGAAGACAAAUGUUGGGGUUACUACGACGUGAUGGGCCAAUGGGACCCUUCGUUCGUGUGCAAAACGGGUAAUUAUUUGUAUUGCUGCGGCACCUGUGGCUUCCGCUUCUGCUGCUCUUACAAGCACUCUCGCCUGGAUCAGAGCACCUGUAAAAAUUAUGACACCCCAUUGUGGAUGAAGACCGGACAGACGCCUUACAAGAAAAACAGAAACAAGAUGCACGACAGCACCAAAGACAAGACCAACUUAAUUGUUUACAUUAUAUGUGGAGUUGUGGCCAUUAUGGCCCUUGUGGGGAUUUUCACUAAAUUGGGACUGGAAAAGGCGCACCGUCCUCAGAGAGAGAACAUGUCCAGGGCCGUGGCCAGCGUGCUGCAGGGCGGGUGUCCAAGUGAGCAGUACCGGGGAGAGGAGGCCCUAGGCAUGCAUUCUAAGCACUAUGUUUCCAGGGCGACGAACCUCCAGGGCGGUCAGAUCAACAACAACGUGGGACAGGCAUCAAACAUGGUCCAACAGCACCCUUAUCCUGCUCUCGGUCAGCUGGCUCAUGUGUAUGAACAUCAACAACAACAACAACAACAACAGCAGCAGCAGCAGCAGCAGCAGCAGCAGCAGCAGCAGCAGCAGCAGCAACAACAGCAGCAGCAGCAGCAUCAAAACAAGGAUCUCAACAAGUACGCCUCCCUGAAGGCUGUGGCUGCCAAAUUCAACGGAGAACUCUACAACAAGCGCAGGCUGAUGGUGGAGCUGCCAACAAAAGGUGGUCUUCCGCUCCAGCCUAUAGGCAACUCCAGACCCUCCAUGGCUAACAUGUCGUCAAUGACCGCCAACCUUCCUAUUGCUUCUAACCCCAUGGCUUCACACUCCAUGAACCCCACAAUGAACCAGAUGCCCUCCAUGACACCUUUGACAUCUAUGACACCCAUGACUUCUAUGACUCCCAUGACAUCCCUUACCCCAAUGGCCUCUAUAACUCCUAUGACCUCAUUGGGCCCACUGGCCCCAGAGCCGGUGGCAACUUAUAUUACUGAGAUGCCCAGAGUCUCCUCCGUCUCGACUCUCCCGACAGAACGGCGUGGAGCUGGAGUCGGAUCGUUGAAGCCCAACGGUCAGAAACCUAAAAGCAACCACGGCCAUGUUGCCUACAGCUCUCACAGUGCCCACACUCACCUUCACAGCCACAGUAGCAAGCCGCCAGGACUGGGAACUACAUCCCUGGCACACAUGGGGGGUACAAUGCCAGGCGGCACAUCCUUGGGCAUCUCCAGGGUUGCCGAGACCCCAAUUGGCUCCAGCUUUGCAACAAUGGGGCGCCCACUGGCGUACAGUUCUAACACCAUCGCGGCUGGGCACGGGGUAGGUAUGGGGCUAAGGGGAUGGGAUGGGACAGAGACAGUUGGCCGGAGGAAGACCUAUGGCCACAAGAGGCCUCAGUGUACGGUGCUGGAGCCUAACCAGCUCCAUGGCACCAGAGGUCAUAGCCACAGCCAACACUUCCUCCCCACACAGCCCUACUUUGUGACCAACAGCAAGACAGAGGUGACUGUGUGAGACAAGCAGAAGAAGGGCAAAGAAUGCAUGGCGAAAUAAGUGUAUACACCAACACCAGAGUUGGCCAUAGGCACAGGUCUGUUUGUUUGAAGCUGAAGCUCAUCGGUACUGGUAAAUGAUGUUCACAACUUUGUGAUGCGAUAGCGACACCAUGUCUGAUUGAUCCCUUUUUUUUUUACACAAAGAGAUUCCAUCAAAUCACAUCAACCACUGAACAUCUCACGGAUGUCUGAUGUCAGUGGUCAGAUUGGUAACAUCAUAAUAGCCUAACAAUGUCAAGUUGUUGAAGAUGUGUCUCAGAGCUACAUGAGCAUUGAAAUGCAAAGAAAAUGGAUGGGAACCAAACCCAUGAAGCAAUAUAGGGGAUCCAGCACCCAGACAUUGCUUGCAAAGUCAAAUUGAUAGCCCCAGUGUCUGCUAAGCAAGAUUCAAAUGGUUGAAGUACUAACAUUCCAGUAUGUCUUACCCCCAAAAUGUUUUGAUGUGUUGAAACUGACAAAAGACAAGGGCUCGGGCUUUGGACUGCACGCAUAAGGGGUUUUGUAGAUGCCUCCUCAUAAGCUUUGCAACUCAAGGUUGCCCAUCUCAGCUCCAGGACAGUUGAUGGGUGACUGAAAAGCAGCUCUUGUCUGCACGGUGACAGGUAGGGCAGAGACGCAGCAUCCAGUUGCUGCUGCUGCUGCAGCAGCAUGAUUCUUCCAUAGUGCACAUAUUGAUAUACAUGCAGGAACCAAAUUGGAAAAAACACAGAGAAACGUACACUGUAGAAAUGUCAGUCAUCCCAACUUGAUACUUUUAUGCUUUGUUUGGUUUGUUUGCUUAUGUGAUUUGUGCACAUGUGUUAUAUAUUCAAUUAAAUCUCCAAUGGAAAAUGUAAAUACGAGUUUUUUAAGAAGUUGACUGGUAUGCAUUGAGGUUUAAGCUACUCUCUUUAGACUCAAUUCAAAUCAUACAUAAACAAAUAAAAAGGGGUUUGUUGCUGCUGUCAUAACGGGGAUUUUAAAUAACUGGUACUGGAUCAAUCAUUUUAUUAAAUAUGUUUUAUGACUCACCAGACACUAUACACAGCAAUGAUAGAGAAACUAGGCUCGAUUAGAUCACACGCUGACUCAAAAACAUCACUUUUUCAAUCAUUUUGGAGUGUUCAGUCAAAUUAAAUAUCCAUGCAUGCAAUGUGCACUUAAAAUAUAGUUGAAGUAGACUGUUAUAGAGAGAGUCAGUCAGGAUGUGCCGUGAGUGGAGAGUGGAUGUUUGUCACACAUACACACUGCCAAUUUUCAAGUAUGAGACAAACAGAAAAUCUGAAGACAAGACUUACGAGACCGAGAUACAUAAAACAGUGGGACCUUGGAGACACACCAAAAUAUUAACACAAAACACAUUUUAUCGAGAGUAAUCAUAGUUUUACAUGCAGAAAACACAGCAAAAUACAUAUGCACGAAUGAAAUGGCUACAUGAACAUUUAACAUCACUUUUACCUUCAUUUAAGACUUAUUGGUGAGCAUAGCGAUGAGUGAAGGAACAUUUACAUUACAAACCGGUUCCGUUCAUUUGGCGUUAUGGUGGGUUCUUGUGCAGCCGUCAUAAAAGAAAAAGCACACAGAACACUUAUGGGCUCCAUUCAUUUACAAUGGAACCUUUGCAACAGGGAUAUUAUCGAGUCUCCGUCCUACCUAGCGACACGUGAAAUUCGUGCAUGUUAAAUUUUGUGCUCGUGCAUUCUCAGAGAGUUUUCAUUGUUGUCACCCAGACAAGGAUCAGUCAGCAGCAGUUUCAUUGACCGACCGAUGAGCAGACUGGAUGCUAUUCAGUACUCUCUUGCAAGUAAACAUGGAGGAAGAAUACUUGCCGUGUCCGAUUUCCUCGAUUUAUUUGACAAUCCUAAUAAGAAUAGAGAGAUAUAAACAAAAAAAGCAGCUGCAUGGGAACUUGUUGGCGCCAGAGAAGACAUAUCAGGUACAUUUACAUUAGUUUACAUUUAUGUAAGUUUAUCUUAUACUAGCAAGAGUACUCGAUCAACACGGGCCACUUAUUCUCCUCUAAACUACUUUGAUACCCCAAAAUUACCUCCAAAUCUGACAGCCAAUCAAAAUCGUGGGAGACUUGUACUUCACUCUGGAUGUGAGCAUGUCGCUCCUCGGUGUCGCUAGUCACAGCCACUUGUUGCCUCCUGCGUGCAAGGUUUUGUACGCGUUGACGAUGAGUUUCGCCAAUCACCGCCAUUUGUCGCCUCCCGUGUGUGGAGCCCAUUACAAAUACGCAGUGUGCUUGAAUGCCUCAUCACCGCUUGGCGCUUAUCAGACAGAUAGAAAGGACACAGAUAUGGAGUUAGGUAUUGUUCUGUGCGUAUUCCAUGAGAAAAUUAACCUCACAGACACACAUAAUAAAGGUGAUUAAAGGAUUCCCUGAGCGGAAUCUGUCUAUAGGAUACCAAAUCUAAAAGAACCAACCGUUUGCCCAAGACCGAGGCAUAUUUUUGACAAUACUUUUCGUGGAAAACUGAACUGUAUGAAAACAUUUUCAAAUUUUUUUCAUCUCCUUUAGGUAAUUGCUACUCCAGACUUUUUCAGACCAAAUGACAGAAAUGAAGGUCAUCGUUUGCUUUGGAUGUUGUCUGGCCCAAUUGUCUUCAUCCAGAAAGCCGGAAAAGUUGAAAUGUAAAUCCCCUUGCCAACUGUGAUUGCUUCAGCCUGAAAGAAAAAGCAGCCACUGGAAUAAUUGUAAAGCGGGCAAAGCAGUGGAAGCGAUUGCUUAAAAGAAAUAAAAAAAAUUGUCAUCCCUCGCCAUACCCAAAAUAAACAAGAAGCACAACUGGAAUUGGUUGACGAGUUAUGGUUGAUAGGGUCACGGCCACGGAUGAAUUGGCUCAGGAGGCAGUCACGUUGCCAUCAGACAGUCAGUCAGACAAAAAAGGUCACAGAAAACACAAAAGAACACAGGUUUGUACGCAUGGCUUUGCAGAAAAAAUGCUUAGUGCCAUUUGGAACUUAGCAAUCUGGUGUUUGUGUAUGACCGUUACUUGCAAGCUAUGAAAAUACAAGAUGGUUGUUUACUGUUAACAUGACUAGAGAACACUGGCUAUCUCUUGUUUUUGUGUUCAUAUGUAGUGGAAUUUCUAAAGGUAGAGCAAAAACAGCUCUGGGAUGCUGUUCAACCUUCUGGUUUUCAAACAAUUUUCCCAGUCAGGUCAGUCUCAAACUGUCACCAUCAUAAAACUUGCCUGGCUAAAAAAAGGUCACUGCCGGGAUUCAACUCAGCACGUAAGUAAGAGCCUCGAUUACUGCAUGGGUGAUUAUGUUUCAGAUGGAUUCAGUUAUUUCACUCUAGCUGAAGCAGUGACUAGCUUCUCGUUUGUUAAGCAACCUGUCAUCUGUGUCAGAAAUGUCAAAUUAAAACAUUUAAAGAGAUUGCUGAAACUACUAAAAGUGGUCCAAGGUGUUAUUAAAAAGUGGACGGACUGAGCACUGGUCUGAAUCUCCCAUCAUCAAUACAAGAUCUUGGCAAGAAAUGAAUGCAACUCUGGACAGAAAUAAUUGUGACACUGCAGAAGCUUGGGGAAAAGAAUGUGUGCCAUAAUCAAAGCUAAAGGCGGUCCAACAAAAUGUGUAAUGAGUGUGUGACCUUUUUUUUUGUUCAGGCAGUGCAUUUCCAACAUGCACCUUCCGACGACCGAUUGAGAUAUAAAUGAAUAAUUAUACAGUUCGCUGUUUUUUCUUUGAUUCAACGGAAGUUAAUUGAAGAGCCAUUGACCCAAUUUGGUGAAUCUGAUCCAGAUUAGCGAGUGUAACGGUUCAUAGUCAAGCUUGAUCAGCACCCCAGACAGGAGGAGGAUUCAGGGCACUCAAAUAAGCAUGUAGACUGAAGUUUAUGAUGCUUUUUUUUUUUUUUUUUACAAAUGGCAAAAUUCACGCACAUUUUCAAGGGUCUCUGCAGCUCUUCCAUCUUCUUUACUACAGGAUGGAACUGAAUGUAAGACGGUAUUUUUUCACAACAAAACAGUCGGGUUGUCUUAUAAUUAAGACAGUUAUACAAGGUGGGCUAUGAAAAGGCAUAAUAAGGCGCAAAAGCUGCCCCGUCAUCUCCUUAAUGUAUGCGUACAUUUUUACUGUGAAGCCUUUGGUCCGAUGAAAAACUUUUUAAAAAUGUUUGGUCCAGACCAGCAAGUGUGAACGCAGCCUUACCAGACAACAGAAAAGUUAAGGUACUUGUAGAAUAAUGGUCAGCAACGAAACCGUUGAGCAGCUAAUCAAAUUAAUGAAAUUGUGUGAAUGAAAUAGAAUGUAACUGAUUGAAAAGCAUGACAAAUACAUUGAUGAUUUUGUCUUAAAAAAUAUUUUUCCAAAAUCGGGUCUUCAAAAAGAGGGGUCGUCUUACAUUCACGGUUGUCCUAUAUUCGGGUCAAUACUGUAUUACUUAAAAGACAUGAUUCUUUUUAAAAAAUAUGAUUAUGGUUUAUGAUAUGAUCAGCGGUUUCAAUGCUUUUUUGGGGGAUUUUUUCCCCGUUCAAAAAUCAUUCUGUCCAUCAUGUUGACAGCUAAAAAAUACUACUUUGCAAGCCCCGAUUGGCAAUGCUGUGUGCCAGUUUAUUAAGAAUGCUUCUCUCUGACCACCUCAACUCAAACAAAAUGAAGCACUGACUUGCACUGACACUUGGCUCCAAAAUAAAGUUCAUGCCAUUAUCUUUGCUGGUAGUCGCAACUGACAACCGGAGUGUCACUGCAGAAUGAUUAACAACAAAUUAACGUAUUGAUCCAUCACCAUUGGCGAUAGCAGUUUUUGAGUGCAGCAAUUAUUAUAAUAACACAUUUAGGCGAUUCAGUCUGUGUUGUUUGGACUAAACUGAUGAUGAGCAGGGACGAGUUCUUCGCUGUGUCAAAUCAAUAACAGGAUACGAGGAAAAGUAAACAGCGCGAGUGGCGGAUGAGUGCUAAAGAUUGGGGAGAAGCUAGGAGGCAAACACCUUGCAAACCCGCCCACCUUUUGUUUGCUUCCGAAGCACACACACUGACAAAUACCAACAAUGUGGCACAAAUCGACAAGCAGGAGAGGUAGGCCUUUAGCAUGGAUUCUAGCAGAAUACAAAACUGCUCUUGUGGGCCGGUUUCUUCUCUCUUGGAGAUCUCUAUUAGCCCACAGAGGAGCAUUCCCAUUUGCUUUGUUGUGCAGAACUGGACAAAACCACACUGCGGAACAUCCACAAGGCAUAUUCAAUAUAUUGGAGGACUAGAGGCUGGGGGGGAUUAGGAGCUCUCAUUGUGAUCUUUAAUUACCAAAACCUUAGGAAAUACUGAAUGGAGGCUGUCCUGCUGCAAAAGGGUCUCCACAAUGGCAGCACCAGACUGAAAAGGGACCCAAUGUCAACACCUGACUUGCAAGGAAGUUUUGAAUAAUUGAUACUGUACUGCUAGUGGUGCAAAGACACUAAGCUCAAUAGGGGAAGUUGGCAAUCUGACAUGACUGUUCUCACACACACACACACACAAGGGUGUAUUGAUGCAGCAGUUUAAAUUGUCCAUACAAUUAAGUUAAGAAGGAGUAUUUGGGCCAUGCACCGAAAAGGAAUUUUACAAGAAAACAGCUGUACAGCUGUACUGAACCUGCCAUAGGUUAAAAAAUCCUUUAUUAUCGCCCAUUCUCCUUAUGUCUCUGGCCCGUGUUGCCAGUAAAUGUGCAAGCAUUGGUUAGCUUCGAUUUUAGUAUCAAUGUCAACAACAGCCUAUGUGGACGUCAGUCAGCCAGUCUGAGUCCGAGUCUGAGUCAAGAUAAGCAGGUUCCACUGUAAUCAUCUUACAAGAAUAAAAUUGUAAAUGUAACAAGUCAAUGCAAACAACAGUUAAGAAAUGUUGCCAUACUGCCCUGUAUAUACACAACAUAAUCCCCUUAAAUCCUUGUUUAAAACAUUAUUAGACAAAUACACGAAGCCACUCAAAGAAGUGAUUUAAGCUUGUAUAGUUUUUUGCACUAAUGAUGGUGUUGAUGUGCCAAAACAUAAGACUAUUUCAUUGUUGGCGAAACAUACUAAAGGGUGUUCAAAGUGCGGCAUGUUGGCCACUUGCGGGUUUUAGCUCGUUUUUUAUUGGCACAAGUCUUAAAAUCAUUACAUUAAAAGAAAACGUUGUCAUGUUGAAUAUUAUAAGACAUGACAAUAAUACUAAUAAUUUGUUUGUUUUGCCAUUUAUAACACAAAAGCUGAGAUGUAGCCUGUUUUUUCAUCUUUAAAUAUGUUGCUUUGCAUAUUUGAUGUACACUGGGUUGGUUUUAGCGUGUUUUAGCGUGUUUAAUGGACAAAAGUUGAAGAAUAUCAAAAUGCAUCUUUUGGUUUUUCUUUAAGUGGUCUUUGGGGGACUUGGUGGUGACUUGCCACAACACUCAACAGUCUUCCCUCUGCUUAACAGAGGUAUACUUUUAUUUAAUACAAGAUUUUAUAAAAUACUUCAUUCCUCUAAAAUAAAAAAUAAAAAAUCUUAAUUAUGAUGUUUUUUUCUUGGAAAUUUAUUUUUUUCUUUCUUUCUUUCUUUGUAAUGUUAUAAAUUCAUUCUGAUAAAUUGAAAACCUUGUGGGUACUUCAUUUGCAUAAUUUAGAAUAUUCUAUUGUGCACAGUUAUGACUUUACUUGCGUAAUUUAUGACUUUCUUAUCAUACAAUGAUGGUUUUUUUUUCCUUUUUAAAACAGGAAAACAUUUUGGAAAAGAAAACAGUGGAGAAGAGUAUUAUGUAGAAAAAUGCAGCAGAGGUUUCAUGAUGCAAAAGUAAAAAAGAAAGUACACGAUACAAGGGGUAAUUCCAAAGGGCUCAAACAACUAUAAGUUAUGUUAAGCAGAGCACCAUUGUUUUUGUUUUUUUUGCAGACGUUUUCCCGCCUGUAUGAUCCAAAAAAAAAAAAAAAAAUCCCUACCCCACCAUGGCAUCCAAUGUGGGCUUUGUCAGCAAUGUUUACACGAUUGUAUAGCAUCCGUCUGUACAGUAUGCGCAAUGUUUUCACCAAUCCGGAGUUUUGUACUUCGGCAUUUAAAAAAAAAAAACGGAGGAAAUAUGUUAUUUAAUAUUUUUUGUCGAGUAAUAUGUGUUUACUCCUAUGAUGUUCUUCACGUGCAUUGUCAUCAAAAGCUAGGAGAUCAUUUCUGUGAGCAUAAACAGGACGACAACUGGUGGAAAAAUAGCCCCCGUUAUUGAACCCUGCAAUGUCCAGAGCCAAGGGAAUUCCCAUAACUGCAGCAGAAUCAAUAAGCUAUUUGUGGGAUGAUUACUAUCCACAAGCAAGCUAAUCUUUUUAUAUUCCAACUAACUGAUUGGCUCAUUUCAUGUGUUAACCUUACAUACACAGCUAUAGGAGAAUCAAUUUAUAUUUUUGAUGUCCAGACCAGUUUGUGAUAUUUAUGCAUACAGUAUGUGUAUAUGAAUACAUAUGGCCCAUGACACUGCAUUUAUGUGUGGCUAGUAAAAGUAUAUUUUCCAUGGUAGAAGACCAUCUCCCACUACUAGUAUUGUUUGCACAGUAGCUUAUAAUAUGCACCGUGAUGCCCCGUUGUCCUUUUACCAUUUACUGACUUUUUUUUUCUGUGAAAUUAAGCUAUGAGAAAAAUGUAUUUUGGUACUCUUCAAAUAUUGGUAGAAAAAGAGAUAGAGCUGACGUUUUGUCCGAAAAUAUACACUCCUGAUCAAAAUGUUAAGACCAGUUGGAAAAUUGCAAAAAUGUACAUGUUGCACUGUUGGAUCUUAAGGAGGUUGUAAGUAGAGCAAAUGCAAAAAGAUGAAAUGGGAAUGUGACAAGAAAAAAACAUUUAGGUAAGCAAUUUAUUGCAGACAAGCAUUCAAGAGAAAUAGGGUGCUCAUCAGAUGAUCAAAACUUUAAGAACAUGGAUGGCUAAAGAAAUAUUGAAGCUCCCUAAAAUAAAAAAAUAAAAUGUUCAAAAAAGGACUCAGUCAUGAGUAGCUGCACCAUUAUUCUUAAUCACCUCAAAAAUUGGUUUGGGCAUGCUUGAUGCCAGUGUUUCCAGGAGGCUAGUGGUAACAAUGCUCCAGGUGGUGGAGAUGGCUUCACGGAGGACAUACACUUUCUGAAACUGAUGUCCAUUUUUGUAAACUUCCUUUGCCAUUCAUCCCCAAAUGUUCUCAAUUGGAUUUAGAUCAGGGGGACACACAGGAUGGUCUGAAAGAGUGAGGUCAUACCCCUGGAAGAAGUCCUUUGUCAGGCGGGCAUUGUCCUGUUGAAAAAAACCAGUCAUUACCACACAGACAAGGGCCUUCAGUCACGAGGGAUGACCCCUGCAACAUCUCCACAUAGCCAGCUGACGUUUGACGCCCCUGCACAACCCGAAGCUCCAUUGUUUCAUUGAAGGAAAAAGAACCCCAGCUCAUAAUGGCGCCCCUCCACUGUGCCGUGUGGAAAAACAUCUCAGGUGGGAUCUCCUUGUCAUGCCAGUAAGAUUGGAAGCCAUCAGGACAUUUUUUCUCAUCUGAGGAUAAAACUUUCUUCCACCUUUCUGUGUUCCAUGUUUGGUGCUCUCAUGCACAUUAAAAACCGUCAGUUUUGUGGUGUUGAAGGAGACGAGGCCUUUGAAGAUGUUUUUUGUUCUUAAAAGCCUUCUUUUGCUGACAGUUAUUGGACUGCACUCGAUGCCAGUAACAACCUUCUUGACAGACAGACAAUCGGAUCAACCGGCUCAUUUUGGCUAUACCACUUGACUAUUUUGUUCCAUGACACUCAGGAUCUUCGAAGAAGUUUCAAAUGCCUGUCUUACUGCGUCCAACCUCAGCAGCAAUGGCGCGCUGAGAGAGGCCUUGAUAAUGCAGCUCAACAAUCCACAUUGAAAGAGAGAAAGCUUUUUUUGCCAUUCACGACAGAGAGAUCAUGACAGUGUGGAUACCUGACCGAAAAUCACAUUGAAUCCACAUUUUUUGACAAGAUUUUGGCUUUUAAAGGCUGUGGUCUUAAACAUUUUGUCUCACUCCCAUUUUUACUUUUUACAUUUUGCAGCUUUUACUUAGAAUCUCCUUAUGAUCCAACAGUGCAAAAUUCUUUAUUGUAUUAUUUAUUGUAUUGAAUUCAACUGGUCUUCAAAUUUUGAUCAAGAGCGUGUGUAUUACCAUAGUGUUGCUAUGAAGUAUUUUUUUUUCCUUUUAUGAGGGGGCUAUUUGGGUAAUCUUUUGGUUGAUGAUAUGCCAUCUGACAAUAUAUCACUAUUGUUCUAUAUACAACUUUCUUACGUGGCAAUAAAAUGAAGACUUCUGUAAAAAUCAGCUGUCUUUUCCUUCUUUUUAUUCCAGUUAGUUGCUGCCUUUCUACUUUGUCUCUUCCUUAUUCACAGAUCCAAUACAAGAGUUAGCCA